CGUAGACGCAGGCGCCCGAAAACCGGUCGAGCAACGCCAUUUUCGCGGGCAUUGCAUUACCCGUUCGUUUUCAUAUUUUUGUACGGUUCUGGCCGUAUUGACCUCUUAUUUCAUUGCUUGGAGGCGGGAGCCAUUAUUUAAGGAAGAAGAAGAAGAGCUUUGCUUGUGUGUGCUACCAGUUGCGCCAGGCCGUCAACAGAUGGCGCUACCGUCGAGUGCUGCAAACGGGUUGAAAAUCGCAUCAUUGGAAGGGCUCGAAUCAAUUGAGCAAAAAAUAAUUGCUCUUGCACGAGAUAAACCUAAAGGUAUUUCGGACAAAGAUUUAGCUGCUUCAACACCUGAUUUAAAACCAGACCAACGAGCUAAUAUUAUAAAUAAACUUUUGACUCAAGGAUACUUUGAUCUUUUUCAACAAGCAAACUCAUUAUAUUAUCGCUUGAAAGAUCCAAUAAAAUUUGCUAAAUGUGUUGACAAUGAAGAAAAAAUAGUAUUUAAAAUUAUUGAAGAAGCAGGGAACAAGGGAAUAUGGAUUCGAGAUAUAAAAAUUAAAUCUAAUUUGAUGAUUAAACCAUUAGAAAAAAUUUUGAAAAGCCUAGAAACUAACAAGUUUGUCAAAGUUGUUAAACCUGUAGCAGCCAGUAAGAAAAAAGUAUAUAUGCUAUAUAACUUAGAACCAGAUGAGUCUGUAACAGGUGGUGCCUGGUAUCAAGAUCAAGAUUUUGAAACGGAAUUUGUUGAUGUAUUGAAUCAACAAUGUUAUAGAUUUUUGGAACAAAAAAGAGAAAAGGCAAAAAAUUGUAACGCUGGACCUAUUGCUGCAAGAAAUAUGACAUAUGCUUCAUCUAAGGAUGUUUUAAAAUAUAUUUCGGAUUUAGGAAUAAGUAAGGUGAAAUUAACUGUAACUAACAUAGAAGUGAUUUUAAAUACAUUAAUUUAUGAUGGUAAGGUUGAACAUACAUCCACAAGUGAUGGAAACAAUUUAUACAGAGCGAUUCAACCUGUGUUGAGUUCAGCUGAAUUAGUUAAAAUCCCUUGCGGUUUGUGUCCGGUGAGAAGAGAAUGUCAUGACAAAGGAUUUGUUACACCUAUCAAAUGUCAAUAUAUUAAAGAAUGGCUAGAAUAAG